CAAUGGCUCCGGCCACCUCACGUGCGCUGCUGCUGCUGCUCUGCUUCCCCGAUCGAUCCGGAGACUGACGCGACGCCGUGCCGUCCGUGCCUCUCGUCGCCGGGCCCGUAGCCGCGCCGCGGUGCUCCGUCGGCAUGUCGGGCCGCGUGAGCGCCGUCAGCAACCGGUGCUUGGAGCUGGAGCGGGUCAUCGGCUCCCGCGCCCGCUCGGGAAGCCUCGGUCUCGAUGAUGCGCUCAAGCUGUUCGACGGAUUGCUUACCCACGCCAGGCCUGCCUCGGUUAUUGCCUUCAACCACCUCCUCACCGCUGUGUCUCGUGUCUCCGGCCGGCGCUCCUCCACCACAGAGUCAGAGCUCGUCGUCUCCCUCUUCAACCGAAUGAUCCGUGAAUGCACCAUCAAGGUGACUCCAGACCCUUGCACCUACAGCAUACUCAUCGGCUGCUUCUGCCGCAUGGGCCGCCUGGAGCAUGGCUUCGCCACAUUUGGUCUCAUCCUUAAGUCGGGCUGGAGGGUGAAUAACAUAGUCAUCAAUCAACUGCUCAAGGGUCUCUGUGACGCAAAGAGGUUGUGUGAGGCCAUGGACAUUUUGGUCAAACGGAUGCCUGAGCUUGGCUGCACGCCAGAUGUAGUAUCAUACAAUACACUUCUCAAGGGUUUUUGCAAUGAAAAGAGAGCUGAGGAAGCACUUGAGCUGCUCCACAUGAUGGCUGAUAGUCAAGGUAGAAGCUGCCCACCAAAUGUGGUGUCCUACGCCAUCGUCAUCAACGGUUUCUUUACUGAGGGUCAAGUGGACAAAGCUUACAACCUGUUUCUUGAAAUGAUGGAUCGGGGGAUUCAACCGAAUGUUGUGACAUACACCACAGUAAUUGAUGGCCUGUGCAAAGCUCAAGUGGUUGAUAGGGCCGAGGGUGUCUUUCAGCAGAUGAUUGAUAAAGGUGUUAAGCCAGACAAUGACACAUAUAAUUGUCUGAUCCAUGGAUACCUAUCUAUAGGGAAGUGGAAAGAGGUGGUACGAAUGCUCGAAGAAAUGUCUGCACACGGUCUCAAGCCAGAUUGUUAUACUUAUGGUUCGCUGCUGAACUACCUAUGCAAUAAUGGAAGAUGCAGGGAAGCUAGAUUUUUAUUUGAUUCUAUGAUUAGGAAGGGUAUAAAACCUAAUGUAGCUAUCUAUGGCAUUUUGAUUCAUGGAUAUGCUACCAAAGGUGCUCUUUCUGAAAUGCAUGAUCUCCUAAAUUUGAUGGUAGAAAAUGGUCUUUCACCUGAUCAUCACAUCUUCAACAUAAUAUUCACUGCAUAUGCUAAGAAGGCAAUGAUAGAUGAGGCAAUGCAUAUAUUUAACAAAAUGAAGCAGCAAGGGUUGAGUCCUGAUGUAGUCAACUAUGGAGCACUAAUAGAUGCACUAUGCAAAUUAGGCAGGGUGGACGAUGCUGUCCUUAAAUUCAACCAGAUGAUGAACGAAGGAGUGGCUCCUAACAUAUUUGUUUUUAAUUCCCUAGUUUAUGGACUGUGCACCGUUGACAAAUGGGAGAAAGCUAAGGAAUUUUAUUUUGAAAUGUUGAAUCAAGGAAUCCGUCCCGAUGUCGUGUUCUUCAACACCAUAUUGUGUAACUUGUGCACAAAAGGACAGGUUAUGAAAGCCCAAAGGCUCAUUGACUUGAUGGAACGUGUGGGCACGAGGCCUGGUGUUAUAUCAUACACUACAUUAAUAGGUGGCCACUGCUUAGUUGGUAGAAUUGAUGAAGCAGCAAAGUCACUUGAUGUUAUGCUCUCAGUUGGCUUGAAACCUGAUGAAUGGACUUAUAAUACCUUGCUUCAUGGCUACUGUAGAGCUGGCAGGAUAGAUGAUGCAUAUGGUGUUUUUCGAGAAAUGUUGCGCAAUGGCAUUACUCCUGGAGUUGUGACUUAUAGUACUAUACUGCAUGGAUUGUUUACAACCAGGAGAUUUUCUGAAGCAAAGGAACUCUAUCUCAAUAUGAUCACAAGUGGAAAACAGUGGAAUAUUUGGAUAUACAACAUAAUUCUGAAUGGUCUUUCCAAAAAUAAUUGUGUUGAUGAAGCAUUCAAAUUGUUUCAGAGCCUGUGUUCUAAGGAUUUUCAGCUUGAAAUUACUACUUUCAACAUUAUGAUUGGGGCUUUGUUCAAAAGUGGUAGAAAUGAAGAUGCCAUGCAUUUGUUCGCUACCAUCUCUUCUUAUGGUCUGGUUCCGGAUGUCUUCACGUAUUGCUUAAUAGCAGAAAAUCUCAUAGAAGAAGGGUACCUAGAGGAGUUUGAUGAUCUGUUUUCAGCAAUGGAAAAGAGUGGUACUACUCCAAACUCACGUAUGUUAAACGCUCUAGUUAGGAGGUUGCUACAUAGAGGUGACAUAACCAGGGCCGGGGCUUACCUCUGCAAACUUGAUGAGAAGAAUUUCUCACUUGAAGCUUCCACUACUGCCAUGCUUAUAUCACUUCUCUCGAGGGAUGAAUACCACCACCAUGCAACGUCUCUGCCUGAAAAGUAUCGUGUCCUUAAUGAAGCCAAGAAAUGAGUAUUAUGUUAGAAAUGAAUUCAGUUUUCGACUGC